AUUCCAUUUUCAUAACAGAAUCCUAGAAAAAAAACAUCAUGCUAUUCAGGUAAAAAGAUCUGCCUCUUCUAGAAAAGUUCAUGACCAAAACGACUAAUCUUUGAAACAAUAAGGUAACAGAUAAAAUCGAUUUUCAUUUUCUUCCAUUUCUACAUUACCCAUUAUUAACCAGAAUCAAGAUUAGUCUAGCCCCAACUGUUCACCAGCAUUUUCAGGUAAACCAUCGUCAUCAUCUUCAGCUUUGUGAAAUUUUCAAUGAUUGGGUGGAGUUUCUUUACCUAUCAGUAAUUCAGAGUAACUCAUGGCUAAAAGUUAAACACUAGUUUGAAAAAAAACAUAAACAACUGUCCAGUGUGAUUUAAGGACAGUUUAAAAGCAAUCCAUAAAAAAGUCGUCUCUCUACAAAACCCAGAACAAACUAAAUGUUUCCCUUGAUUGCAAGUUGAUUGGUAAAUUUGUUAUAAUCAAUUGUUCCUUACAGUCAUCAAUAAAACAACAAUGGAUAAUUUUCAUCUAUUUUGUGGUUUUCAGUGCAUAAAAAUAACCAUCAUAUCUGUUAAGGCUACUUCAUCCAAUACCAAGCCAUCAUCAAUUUCAUCAUUACCAGUUUCUUAAUCAUGUUAUUAUCAACUGACCAGACAUAAACAAUUAAACAUAAAAUACUCUGAAAUUGUGUUCAGUCAACAAUGAUAAAUCACCGUGAACCAAUAAUUUCACCAUUUCUUCCAAUCACAUUAACAAUGUUAACCAUUUUAACUUCAAUCAAUUGUCAAUACGAUGAAGCCUAUUAUACAUCUGAUUAUGCCAUUAAAUGUCCACCCGAACGUGAAAUAUCACCAUGUAAAUGUAACAAUUCAUCAGGAGAAAUGGAAUGUUAUGGUGUUAAAAUAAACGAUUGUACCAUUCGCCAAGUUUUCAAUCAGCUGGCCAACUAUUAUGUGAACACAGCAGAGAGACAUGUUAAAUCAUUGAAAUUGUACAAAACCGAGAUAACCCACAUGACUGAAGAUAUACUGGGUGACAUGUCAUUGGAAGCUAUUGACCUAAAUGGUAACCAAAAUUUAUCCUUAACCCGAAUUCACAGGACUUCACUGGUUAAAUCAAAAGAAACAUUGAAAAGCUUUAAACUUUCUGGUCUCUCGGAGGCAAGUUGGAUAUCCAAAGAGGAAAAUGAUGGUUCCAUAUUUGAAAUUGUUGACGGAUUUAACCAGCUCAACCUUUUUUGGGUUACCGAUGCUUCCAUUCCCAAGAUUCAAAGGUCAGCCUUUGGAAGAGUUGAACUGCCAAAAUUAACAUCAGUCCAACUAGCUCGAGAUGAAAUUGAAGAGUUGGGUGAUUACGCAUUUUACCGUUUACCCAAUUUAACCAGCCUUUCAAUCCGAGACAACCUAAUCUCUCGCCUUACCAAUCACACCUUUGCUUUCGAGAAAUCAUCUGAUGAACUAAUGAUUCUCGAUUUAAGAGGUAAUCUACUUCAAAUGGAAAACAUUGAAAAAGAUGCCUUUACUCGACUUCGAAGACCGAUACAUUUAAAUUUAGAGUACAAUCUAAUUGAAUACUUGGAUGAAGAUGUUUUCACACCAAUUUUAACCAAUUUAAGGAGCACCAUUUCAGUGAACAAGAAUCCAAUAAAGUGUGAUUGUCGUAUGCAAUGGUUAAAACGAGAUGAUCACAAUUAUAUGGAUCGAGUUGAAGGACUUGUUUGUCCUGAAGCAACUGAACUUUGGUACUUUACGGUUGAAGACCUUCUCAACGAGUGUAAUGAAACUUACAGACUUGAAAAGCUUGCUCUUUCCCAUUCAAAUUCAAUUCAAUCUCAAUUGCUUUACAUUGUUUUAAUUAUUCAUUUAAUUUUUGCCCAUCUUACUAUUCACUCAAUUUGAUUAAUC